UUUUGAUCAUAGCAAUGGAGAAUUCCAACGGGAAAAAAACUCUGGGGAGAAGGAAAAUCCCGAUGAGGAAAAUCGAGAAGAAAUCAAGCCUGCAAGUCGCCUUCACCAAGCGCCGCGGCGGCCUCUUCCGCAAAGCCGCCGAACUCUCCAUCCUCUGCGGUGCGGAAAUCGCGAUUCUGGUGCAGUCCCCGUCGCAGAAGCUCUACGCCUUCGGCCACCCCUCCGCCGCCGCUCUCAUCAACCGCUGCGACGACUGCGGGUGCGGGGCGGCGAUGAAAAUGGUGGAGGCGGAGAAGAGACGAUCGACGGAGAAGGAGAUCAAGGAGAAACCCUACGAGGGUUUGGAACUGCACGAACUGGAGGGAAUCCGCACUGCACAGGACGAUUUUGGGGAAAAGGUUGAGAAAACAGCACUGCCUUUGCUUCAAGAAGCUGCUUCUUCGUCCAAUCAGAUCAAGAUUAACGAUCAAAUCAUCCCCACGUAUACAUUGGAUCAGAUUUGGGGGAGAGACUAGAGUUGAGAUGUCCGGAAAAUUAGGGUUUAUAUUCACUAAUUGAACUUGUUAAUGUUAAUGUCAAUGACUUCUUUUA